AUGUUUUCAGACUUUAAGAACAAAGAAAUGACUUAUAAAAAGUCACUCAAUUUAUUAAUAACGCUCAUCGCGGUACCGGAAGUGUUGUCAUGGACAAUAGACUUACCGGAAAUACGUAAAUAUGUCUUCGAAAAAAACGAAUUAGAAAAAAAGGAAGAAAACAAAAGAUUAAUGUACAAAAAGAUGUUUGAUGAUUUCAAUAUUGAUUCGCUAAAUCACAAUAUGGAUAAUAAAGAGAUGAAAUACGCACGGAAAUAUGGCUACCACUCGUAUAUGGAGAAGAAAGUAUCGGAAAUAGUUCACGAAGGAAGCGUUUAUCUCGAAGGUCUUCGAAGGUCAAUUGAACAGUAUGCUCUCACUCUGGAAGCCUGUAACAGAGCGAACAACGAGAACACACCGUGGCUUCCAGCUAUUGAAUUGCCUACUGAAAUAACCGCUAAUGGCAACACCACUGAUCUACCUGGCAACAUCAUUAACAUACCCGGCAACAUUAGUACAGUUACCAACAAUCAAACCAAUAUUAGUCCUAGUAGCAAUCUAAGUGGGAACAAUACUGACUCUCGACUUAGCAACCUGACGAGCAUUGGACCGGGUCUAGCUGCUGCUGGGGUCCCUAGCAGCACGGCAUACAACAGUUCGGCAGGAUUCGACGUCCGCAUCUUCCUAUCAGCGCUGAAUGAGACCUGUCAGAGAGUGAGUCGGGCCAGCGAGCACGUGAGGCGCCUGGCAGGACUCGCCAUGUCGACCACCAGGAGGCUACAGGACUUGGCCUACGCUGAUAAGUAUCAAAAGGAUGCAGAUAAAGAAGAGAACGAAUUGAUAUUGAAACUGGCCUGGCUCUUGGAUAGAUUAGCUCAUCUCACCGGAUUCGAAGUUAAUCCCAAGGAUUUCUUAGAGGCGACAACGACUACCACCACCUCUUCUCCAUUUCCAACGUUCAUUCCCCCUGACAUAAUGCAGACGCCGGAGGAAGUAAAGAAUUAUCUCAUGAGAUGUCUCAAGAUGAAGUCUGAAGUACCGGCCAUAGUGUGCUGCAGAUAUCCCCUCGCCAUUCCGCCCAUGGUCGCGUCACUGUUUAAUGUCACCGAAACCAACGCAGAUUCCGAGCCGUCCUCGUCAACAUCGAUUCCAGAUAUUCUUGAACCGGUACCAGACGAAUCAUCUCUCGAACUUCUGAUAGCAACCGAUGACAAUCCCUUAAGAGAAAUCCCAAAAUCCAUUGUCAAACGAUCUAUACACAGGAACCCUUCGCCGAAUCUGUCAGAUUUGACAGCUGUCAAUGCGGAACGUAACGUCAGAGACAAACCAGCUCGGAAUUUUGCAAAUUAUCUUAUCAAACACAAAGUCUGGGCGAACUCUGAGAUAAAAGAAGCCGCUUCGGGAGAUUACACACGCGCCCUAAGCGUGAAAAAGCGUUCGCUCGACAACGAAAGAUUCAAUUUGUAUCGUCUACUCCAAAAUCAUAGACAUGACACCGGCCUUAAUUACCACAAACACAGACCUGGAGUCAGUUAUAACAAUAGCAAAAGCGUUUUCGACAAAAUCAGAGAGCAUUUGGCGCGGAUGCGGCAGAUCAUCGCCGCCAUCAAAAGCCGCUCUGUUAAGAGAUCGAAACGGUCUCUCAAAUACGAGAGGAUGAGUUUGCCUCGCGUCUCCGAGGACCCCUUCCAGGACAUCAGCUUUUACGUUAAAAACAAACGGGGUACGAAUUACCAGCGUGACGUGGCGCAGGCGGCCCGCGUGCGCGCCGGCCUCGAGCGCAUCUACCAGACCGGGAACAUCGAGGUCGUCAGGCGAUACGGGACCAACUACAACCCGCUUAUUCCCGCGCCGCUAUACGCCGGCGUUUUAAAGACAAUGGCGGAUGCUUAG